UUGUUCUAUUUGAUUAUCGUCCAAGCUUAUUUAUGAAUAGAAUAUAUCAAGCAGUUUCUUCUUUAUUUCAGAAUCAUAAGGAAGAAGACGACGAGUCUGACCAUGAUAGUGCAACUAGAAUCUCGGAGUUAUCUGCCCAACACCCUUCUUCCGUUGUGGCUUGUACGAACUCUUCUGAUUCCACUCAAGUGAUAUGUAUUCAUAUCUUUUCGAGUGACUUGAAGAAAGCUUGGUUUUAUUCUCAAGAUAUUCAAGAGGGCUCUAAAAUUGGUUCGGUUUCCUCAGACUUGGUAACCGAUGAUGCAUUUUUUCCAAAGACUUGUUUCAUUGCGUUUAUUCAAGGAAAGAGUUGCAAAUUAUAUUCUUUGGAUGGACGGCUUGUUUAUAUUCAAAAGCAACAACGUCAUCUCUUUGUUGCUUCCAAGGAACAAGUAGAAACCGAAAAUACCCAAAGUGAGUUUUGGAUAGAAGAACGUCGAACAGGGAUUAUUUCGUUGGGAAUUUGUAGUGGACAAAGUGGAGACUUCUCUGACAAACGUUUACGUUAUGUUUGUUUGGAACGCAACGGAGCUAUAGUUGCUGAUCGUAAGGUAGCCAAGAGUUGGGAGCAGUUUUGUCUGAUACCCGUUCCUUUAAGUUAUGCAAAUUCUCCUAGAACCAACAUUACUGUGCGUAUUUUAGAUCAUCGUGGACGUUUCUUAACUAUUGGUGACCAUGGAAAGGUUUGUUUCCAUAGUGGACCUUUUGCUGCAAUUAGAGAUUCUAUUUCAUUUGAAUAUUCUAAAGACCAAUCUAUAUGUCGUUUGCGAAGUACUUGGAAUGGUCAUUAUUUAAGACUCGAUUGGAGUGACUCGAAAAGACCGUUUCUAGUUGCAGAUGGUGAAAAUGAAAGCUGUGCUGCAGUUUUCCAAGUGCACUGGCAUAACAAAGCAUUCUUCUCUUUGAAGUUGUCCACAGGUUUUGUUUCUUGUAAACCAAAUGGCUCCCUUAGUUGCACAAGUUUGCAAGAUAGUACAUGGGAACGUCUUCAUCUAUCUUCUAUCAUAUCUUGUGUACCUAAAGAUGCUCAAAUAGCUGUUCGAUUGGAACGAAAAGCACAUUCUAGACGUGUUAUAUAUAGUUCAGUAGUAAUUCCUUGUGACUGUAGAACUGCAUUUUCUGUUAUUUCAGAUUAUGAUCAUCUCAAGUGUUUUUGUCGACAUGUCAUGGAAAGUUGUGUGAAGAGACAAAUAGCUGAAGAUGAAUAUGAAAUACAAACCAUAGAACAGCAUGGAUUCCUUUUCUUUUCUAAAAAGUCUCAGCAGUUGUUGCGAGUAAAGGAGUUCUAUCCUCACAAUUUGCGCAUCGAGUUGAUUGAAAGUAACAUGCUAAAGGAAUAUCAAGCUAUGUGGACUGUAGAGCCUCUUCAAGAAGCUGAAUUGUGUUGCUUUUUAUCUUUACAUGUCAGUUCCAAACCCAAGUCUUCCAUUCCUGGGUUUCUAUUGGAUUCAGUUUGUAAAGGUUCUUGUCUCGCUACAAUGGAAGAUAUUCAAAAGGAAUGUAUUCGAAGAAUGAAAUGUUACCAUUCUUAGAAUAAAAAGUUAUUUUUAUUG